GGCGCUCGCUCAGGCAGUAAGAUGGCGGCGGCGAGUGCGGCAGAGAGAGCGGUACUGGAGGAAGAAUUUAAAUGGUUACUGCGGGAAGAAGUUCAUGCUGUUCUUAAGCAGCUGAAGGAUAUUCUCAAGGAAACCUCCAGACGCUUUGCUGUGCAGGCCUCCGGCCCCGAAAGCCAAGUGCGGCAGGAAAACUUCAUGCUGGGCAGCUCAAACACAGAUCAAGUGAAGGGUGUCCUCACUCUGCAGGGAGAUGCACUGACACAGGCUGACAUUACUCUCAAGCUGCCCAAACACAACCAAGUUCUGCAUUGCGCCUUCAGGGAGGACAAGCAGUGGAAAAUGCAGCAGAUUCAGGAUGCCAGGAACCACGUCAGCCAGGCAUUGUACCUACUGAAUAGCCGAGAUCAAACCUACCAGUUUAAAAGUGGGGCUGAAGUCAACAAGCUGAUGGAUGCAGUGAUGUUGCAGUUGACUCGUGCUCGGAAUAGAUUGACGACGCCUGCUGCUAUGACUCUCCCGGAAAUCGCCUCAAGCAGUUUGGUGAAAAUGUUCACCCCUCCCCUUCCUGGCGAUGUGUUUGCAAACUUCUACAUUAACCUGAGUAAGCUGUGUCUGAUUGUCUACCAGCUCCACCUUCUGCAGCCCAAUCUGAACAAGAACUUCAGGCCUGCAGGAAGCUCUGUGCUGCACAAUCCCGGGUCCAUGUUUGAACUGAAUAAUCAGAAGUUGGAAGUCAGCCAUGUGCACAAGGUGGAAUGUGUGGUGCCCUGGCUCAGCGACACCCUGGUGUUCUUCACCAUCGCACUGCAGCUUUGCCAACAACUAAAGGACAAGAUCUCCGUGUUUUCCAGUUACUGGAAUUUUCAGCCCUAUUGAGCGUGUUCCUGAGACUGAAGGCUCGGACUGCACUGAGUGUUGAGUAAGCCUGCUGUCUCCCACUGGUUCAGCAGUCACUAUGCUACUGACUGUAGAUCCCGAUAGGAACUAUAUUCCAUGCACUUUCUUCCCCUGUCAGAGAUCCCUCACGUCUCCUCGGGUGGCCUGCACUUGGCAACGGUUGAAGGUUAAACCCACUCUCAGUGUUGAGGGCUGCAGGAACCUGUUCCAAACGCCCACAGGUUUGCGUUUUGAAUAGAUACUGUCACAGCACCUGGUGAACACAUCGGUACUAGAUCAGAUACAGAAGCUGCUACUUGUGACAAUUUACACUUCCACCGAACCUGUCUGGAAAUAAGCUGCAGCUUGUGCACUGCACCCUUCCCAUCAUUCUGAACCCGUGGACCAGAUUGCUGGGAGACUUAAACAGAAAAACAGUGUGUACAAGUAUCACUUCCUGACCAACAAAAUGGUUUUGAAUUAACUAUGUUGCUGGGUCCACAAAAGGUGGGGGGGGGGAUGGAAAAGCUGAAGUGAGCUGUUUUAAGUGUAAACAUAUCAUGUUCAUAGAUUCAGUCACUAAUUGCAUUGUCUCCCUUUCACAUAGCAACCCCAUUAUAUUACACCCUCUAUGAGCGUGGGGUCACUCAGGCCUCAGCUCUACACCAAGCACCCGGCCAGAUUUUUCUUACAAAACGGCCGACUUUUAGAUGGUCAAAUUGUUGCUGAUGUCACUUCCGGUAGAUGUACAAAACAAGAAGUGACAUCAGCGAAGACCAAAUAACCUUUUUAAUCAGGAAUUCUAGCGAUUACGAAGCAAGUGGCCGGCUUUACGCAGACAAAGUGAAUGGGGUCCACAGUUCAACCUCAUUAUCACGAAAUUUGAGCUGUAAGGAAGCACAUUACAACAGGGCUGCACUGUAGUUGAAUCUCAGAAUGCCUAGCUACAUUGCCACGAGAUGUUCGGUCUCAAUAAGGAUUGUUCUUAUUGGAGGAUUCCUGUAAACAGAAGGUUACUUACCUCAGUCCUCUCAGUGAUUUGCUCCUGAAUUCAGACUGCACUAAAAUGAAACCUGAACAAAGCAUGUCUCACCAUUUAGACAUUGUCGACAAUGUGCUGCUGUCUCUCAUCUUUGUGCACACACAUAUAGAGGGUUAUACAGUGAUAAGGAUUAAAAAAUCUAAGAGUUAGAGAUAUUUAUGCUUAGAUCAGGAGUCCUGCGUGAUAGAAAUUCGAGGUAGUGUGACGUGGGUCUGAGAAUCGGUAUUUGUUUAUCUACAAUCAGCUGGAAAUGAAAUUGUGACCAAAAUGGAUGUUCUGUGUCAGGGCAGAACCCUACAGCUCUGUGGUUCUAAACAUAAGUGAAAUCUGACCUCUGCACAUCAGUGGAUAAAAUAUAGGAGAAAUGUACCUUAUUGCUGUUUUUUUUAGACCUCCAGAAGUUUCCAUUAGUUCAGUAACACAUGGUUUCUCUGAUGUCAUUUGUCUGACAAGGUUCAAGGAGGUUUCGUUGUGAGUAACCGACAAAGUUGAUGUUGGCUGGUCAUAAACUAUGGCUACGGGGCUGCGCUCUGAGCUUGGGUGUGUCCAGUCUCACAGAUGUUGAGGUCGUUACUCAUUAUCGUGUAAGAAUAAGUUUGCAGUUUGAGUUUGUUUUACAGAGACAUUAUCAGGACGCUGUUUUUGGACCACAUGUCGCAUGCUGACAGCUUUAAGGGAGAGAAUUCCUUUCUUCCCCUUACUUUCUCUCUCCCGCGAGCCAUGCCUUGAGCUGGCUGGAACCUUUGCCAGUAACUUCCAGGGGCCGGUCUUCGCACAUGUCACCAAGCACAGUGAUGUGGGGAACCUCGACUCCCUGCCUGCCCUGCCACACACCCUCACCCCUCCCCACAAACCCAUUUACCCCCACUCUCAGCGUCUCACAGAGAGAAUUCAGCCUGGCUCAGGAGUUGAACCUGGUGUGUGUGGUGUUCCAGUGUUCCUGGGGAAGAAGUCACCCUUUAUGCCUUCAGGGUUGAGGCAACAAAAACAAAACAAUCUUGAUUGAAUAUUUCUUGAUUUUUGCCAUGAAUCAAGAGAUGUUCAAUGAAGAAAAGAAAAAAACACCACUACCAAUCGAUCACGGACUUGUGUGAACGUUCGGGGGCAUGGGGGCGCUUCUUGAUGGUCCUGUGGGCCACUUUUGGCCCGUGGGCCACACAUUGGCCACCACUGCUGUAAGCCAUCAUGGCGGGUCCUGACAAUGUUUCUCUUCAAAUUUCAAAAUGAAAAAAUAAGAUGAGGAAUAAUUUGAGUUAUUUGCAAACGUGAAUCUUCCAAGUCAUUGAUGUCAGUGUCGCCAGAUACCGUGUACUGGACACCCGUCGUAUAUAGAUCACUGUGUGUAGGAGGAGAAACAGCCCAUCACAUCGAUCACCAUUCCAGUAGAUGGGAAGAAACAUCACAAGCAAUCACUGUAGGAGUAUAUGGGAGGAGAUUAUUUUUGUUAAUAAAGCUUGCCAAACGUUGCACUAUUUAUACAGUACCAACCCACUCUCACCCCCACCACCCCACUAGGUAAUUGAAUCCACCAGACAUAGUGUGUUUGGUUGUAGCCAGAAGAUACUCCUUGGCCAAAUCAGGUUUGGUUUAAAUGUGAAAUUUGAUUAACUGUAUUCAUUCUCUCCUUGUAUUUUCUGUCUACAUAAGCAUUUCAAACUACAGAAAUAUGUUUGACGGUUAUAGAUAAUAUUAAUAAAUAAUCCUUGCAUUUGAUACAGCAUCUUAACACGUCAUCGAGACAUUUCAAAGCACUUCACAGAAUAUACUGUAAAGUGAUUGACUGUGUAUUUUGUUGGCAGCAGCCAAUUACCACAGCAGUGUCCCAGUGGGUGGCAGUGGAGGGAUUGUUACAUUUGGUGUCCAGCUUGAUCAAUCAAAUUGAAUAUUGUAUGCAUUAUCAAUUUUGUUUCCACCACAUGAGCUUCUCAGUCAUUAUAUGUUCUCAUCGUCUGUCCACUUUGUAGCCUGGUUUGAUAUGUUCAAACCUGCCCACAGGGGAGUGGGUUUCAAAAGCCUUACCAUAGGCUCCUCAAACCCUAAACACACUAGUGAGUCCUGGCACACUGCUGCUGCUGUCUUCAGCUGUAUCUCUGUAGGUCUAAUAUGUAUGUGUAUCACUAUGCUCCACCACUCAAGCGCUCUGGGACGCUAUAUAAAUGCAAGUUGUUGUUGUGUUCUGUGUCACUGUGUAUGUGGAACAUGUAUGUGUAUCACUGUGUAUGUAUAACACUAAUAGUUUCCAAACCAUUUAAUGGUUAAUCAUCAGUGCAGGUGUUCUUUGUCCUCGUACAUUUCUUCGUUCAGUAGAAACAACACCACGAGGGAGACGGAAAUCCUGGUUGUUUUCUCACUCGUUGGUUGACUGGUUUCUCAGCUGGGAACCUAACGCAGAUGUCCAGAUAUUGUGGUUACUCUCUGGGCAGCUUGCCUCUGGGCCUCCUUUGUCCACCAUUGACACACGUAUAGAAACUUGCUCUAUCCACUAGAGCAAGAGGGUCUGAUACACAAUGCUGAAUGGAUCAGUAUCUCAUCAACUUGAAAAGAGUUUGGGGGUUGAGUAAGCCUGAAUGAAUUAAGUUUGUGCCAUGUGUGCGUUUUAAUUUAACGAAAGGGCCAGAAGCUCUUCCAGUGUCAUUAUGUAAUGCGAAAACCUUCUGGUUCUCAGUCGUGUUGCUCUGUUACUAUUUUUGUGAUAACCUAGAGUGGUAAGAGAUAUCGUUGCACGUUUCCUAUGUAAUGUUAAUGUAACUGCAUGAGACCAAAUGUAUUUAACGCGGACCAAGAUUAUCAUUCAGAAUCUCAGUAAAGGAUUCCUCUGAUAAAUGA